GGAAUGGAUUUAGCGAUAGUCAUUCUUUUGAUAAACUUUAUGUCCGGAAGCAUAAUCCAUUUAUUUCAAUGAAUCAAAUUCGAACGAAUUCUUCAAGAUAUAUUUACAUAGUGAAUGCAGAUACAUUGAAAAAAGAUAUUGAGCGUGGAACUGUUCCACAAUAUGUUUUUUAUUCACCUAAUGUAGUCAAUAGUGGACAUGAAACGAACGUAAAAUUUGCCAGCAGAUACUUGAAUGAAACAUUUAUUCCAUUAAUUGAAUCAUUGUUAAUUAAUUCUAGAACACUACUAGUUAUAACGUUUGAUGAAUCAUCCAAGUAUUUGGAUAGUUUAACAAACUAUAAUCAUAUUUAUACCGUCCUUAUAGGACCAAAUGUAUUGAAAUCAUUGAAACAUGAAGAUAGUGAUCGAUAUGAUCAUUAUGGUUUUGUACCAACUAUUGAACAAAAUUGGAAUUUAUCGACUUUAGAAAGUGGGGAUGAUACGGAAUCAACACCGUUUGGAGAUGGAUUAUUUUUAGAUAUUAGUUGA